UCGGGUGGAACAGAGAAGAGACCGAGAUAGACGGAGAUAGAUGGGAGAGGCCUCGCCGGAGUCCAGCGGCGCGGCGGCCGGAGGGCCGUCUAUCCCGGCGCCGCCGAGGAAGGGGAAGUCGUGCAAGGGCUGCCUCUACUACUCCUCGGUGCUCAAAUCCCGGGGAUACAACCCCAUCUGCGUGGGGAUCCCUCGCUCCAUCCCGCAAGUCCCGGGCUUCGUGGUGGAAGAGCCCAGGGAGGAGGUCGCGGCGCAGGGGCAUGAUCUGAGGCAGUUCAAGUACGCGUGCGCCGGUUACUCGAUGUUCGUCGACGACAGAGACGGCAAGAGCGGCGGGGACGAGGCCAAGGCGCUGCUGCCUUAUUGCCAGGGGCUCGAGCUAUUGGUGGACAGCAGAAUAGUUGAGAAAAGUUCACCUGCGGUGGACCAUGCUUCAACACGUAAUACAAAGGAAGCUGCUGCAACCCACCCCCAGCCCCAGGGCCAGGAGCAAGGACAGAAACCACAGCUCGCAAGACAGGAAUUCAUGGCGAGGUACAAGAGGAGCGCCGGGCUGGUGGCUUCAGGAGUCGUGAAGAAUAUGGGCAAAGCAGGUGCAUAUAUCAAACAAAACAUCGAGGACAUAGUUUCCAUGGACCGACGACCUCCCAAGUAGGGACUGCUUGGGUGCUCGUCUAUUUCUGGGCUGGGGCGCUGAAGAAAAUUGCCCAUCUACAUGAAGGAAAAAAGCUACCUAGCAUGCAUCACACUCUUACUGGCACUUUUUUCUGGGGCGUGCUACUGGAUUCCUUUUGAUGUAUUGUUUUGUAAUUUAUGGAAACAUAGGGUUCUGAUGAUGUACAUGCGUCUUGACAGUGUUUCGAGCAGAUAUCGGAUCUGGUCCGUGGGUUGCUCAAUAAUAUGUCAACUGCCAUUUAUUCCAAAGGUUGAGAAAAAAAAUGUGGAACCAUCAAGCAUGCUA